AUGUACUCGACACAGCACACCGUCAUGGCCGGCACGCCCCAGGGUCGCUCAGUAGCCCCGGAGACCUUCCUCCUCGACCAGGAUGCUCAACAGAGCCUGCCCGCAGACUCGAUAGUUGCUCUGCAACAAGUCGACAACCCGCCCGUCGACUGGUCUCCGGAUCAAUACAUCAGACGCUUCUUGCUGCCCACUGGCGAAUAUGNNAGCAACCUCUUCCACAUUUCUGGUACCGACAUUGUGCGAUGCUUGUCCUUCCGCUUCCAGGCGUUUGGUCGUCCGGUCAAGAACUCGAAGAAGUUUGAAGAGGGCAUCUUCUCGGAUCUGCGAAACCUCAAGUCUGGUACUGAUGCUUCGCUGGAAGAGCCGAAAAGCCCCUUCCUCGACUUCCUGUACAAGAACAACUGCAUCCGCACCCAGAAGAAGCAAAAGGUCUUUUACUGGUACAGCGUGCCGCACGAUCGUCUGUUCCUCGACGCUUUGGAGCGCGACCUCAAGCGUGAGAAGAUGGGCCAGGAAGCUACAACCGUGGCCGUCAGCGAGCCCGCCCUCUCAUUCGAGUUCGACUCGAGUCAGUCGCUGUUCGAGCAGCUCACAAAAGCUCAACAGACCAACAGCUCGACCUUUGCCAACUCGGCAGCGCCGCCAAGUUCGGGACCGAUGGCAUCAAACACAAUGGCAGCGGCAGCAGGCACGCCUCAGCCCAUGGGCCCUCCAGCAACUACAGCCGAGUCGAUGGGACCACCAGUGGGGGCUAUGAUGCAGCCAACAAGUAUGCCCCUAACGAUGCCUUCGGAGGAAAUGUUGACGCAGAUGCCAACGUACCAGCAGAUGGCCAUUCCAGCACCCCUGCCAGCCCAGGUGCACAAGACACGUGAACAGAGCUGCGGGCCCAUCAUGCACUACGAACGCGCCAUGAACGCCGCCGCCCGCCACAGCAGCAUGCCCGCCUACAUGGAGUACUCGCCCGCCCCGUCCUUUGUCUCGUCGCACUUUGAAGACUACAGCCAGCGCGGCCUGAGCUACGAGCCCAUCACCCCUCCCCAGCACCAGAUGCAGCAGCAGCCUCACCACGAGCCUGCCUACAUUGCCAACGAGGAGACUGGACUCUACGCCGCCAUGCCCGAUCCCGGAAUGUCGCAGUACUACAACCCUCUGAUGCCUGUCGCACAGCCCAUGGCCGCUCCGCAAUACCCCUCGAUGAUGCGCCCUCUUCACCACUUCCCCUCAGCCCUUGAAGGCUCGCCCACCUACAAGCAGCGCAGACGUCGCUCAUCCUUGACACAGCAACCUCCCAGCUCGACUCCCCAAAGCGUUACUUCGCACGCCGUCCACCGUCCCAGCGACUUGCGUCACUCAUCCGUACCCGUUCACGACGUCGAUGCCGUCUACCACGAUUCGCCGAGAGGAGCCACUCCUGUUCGUCAGCAGCAGAAAGACUACUCGCGACAUGCUACUCCGGUUGACGACUCGAUGCCUAUGGGCCAGGACGAGUACGCACAAGCAUACUCAGGAGACCAGUACCGCCCUGUCAACUACGCUCAGGCUGCCGUUAUGCGUACACCCAAUGGUGUCUUCCGUCGUGCCCGCAGCGCUACCGUCCAGGACAUGAACAACCCUUAUCCCUCAAAAUCGCAUUCGUGUCCCAUUCCUAUGUGCGGCAGGGUCUUCAAGAGGUUAGAGCAUUUGAAGCGACACGUUCGUACCCACACUUCGGAGCGUCCCUACGUCUGCCCACUCUGUAACAAGGCUUUCUCCCGCUCAGACAACCUCGCUCAGCACCGCCGCACCCACGACGCAAACCCAGACGGUACAACCUUCCCAGAAGAAGACUUGGAAGAGCCUGAAGAAGGCAUUGAUCUCUCCGAAGGCGAUGUAAACGACUCGUACAUUCCUAUGCCUGGUAUGCCUUCUGACAUGCACGGCGAUAUGGGUCCACCUCCGCCGCACAUGCACAUGAGCCAAAUGUCGCGCGAUCACAUUGACUCCCAUCACAUGGAAUCUCACCACAUGCAACAUCCCAUGUCUCAGGGAAUCGUCUCGACCGGCGCCGAAUACCAAUGA